GCACUCAAAACCACAGGAAGAGGGCAAGCUGUCGAGUGUUUAUCAUUUGCAAAAUGUCGCACGGUAGGAUGGCUUAGGUGGCAGUAGGUUAACAUUUGAAGAAUGCUUAGGUAAUUUUUUGAGACUGAUUGUAAAGCUGGAUACAGAACAACAAGUGACUAUUCAGAACAAUAACCAACUCUAGAGCUGGUACUUUAAUGGCAAAAAUGAGGACCAUUUCUAUCUUUUACUGCCUUUUAUAUGUUAUGUCGACAGAAGGAACCACGAUCGAAACAAAGGGAGUCGUGGGAGGAGAGGUCUCGUUUAAGUGCGCACACAAACUUGCGUCGAGUUAUAAUAAAUACUUGUGCCUCGAUCCAUGUCAUGAUGGGGACAAACUAGCUGAGGUGGCACCUGGUGGAAGAACAGAGUCAGGGAGGAUACGUCUGGUGGACCGGGGGGACAGCGCCUUCACUGUGACCAUCAGUCAACUGCGGCUGUCAGACUCUCGGAUAUACUGGUGUGGAGUAGCCAGGCCUGGUUUAGAUACAUACACUAAAGUAAUCCUCUGGGUAGAGGAAGUACUUGGAUUCACCUCAACAAACUCUAUUGCAAGCGAGACAACAUCUGUCACACCUGAUGUUUCUUCCACAUCUUCAUAUGAAAAUGUGACCAAUCUGACACAAUUAAUGCUAGGCAUACACACCAGUGGACCUACAAACAUUUCAUCAGCAUCAAACUUCACAGAGGAAGGGAAACAGAACAUCAGCACAGGCACCAUACUGUAUGUGAUCACCGGAAGCAUUUUCAUGCUCAUGGUUUUGAUACUGUCAUUGAGCUUCAGGAAAUGCAGAGGGAUCUUUAAAGCUCAACCACAAGUUUGCUGUAGCAGCACAGGACCCAGCAAUGCACUUGAAAGUGAGGUCGACUGUGACUACGACGACAUUGAUGAGAAUUUACAGUGUGUGGAAAAUAUUUCCGAUGCCACCUCUGUCAGUACUAGUCGCCCAAAACAAGAUCCAACAUUUGCUGCAUCCAUGGCAGCUGAAUGUGAGGAGCCCCCUCACAUCUAUGAGAACAUCUCAUUCCCCACAAUCAACGGCGGCUCAAGAUGUUCACCUGCAGCCUCCCAAAAACACCACAAAACCACCUCUAGGAUCUACAUCAGGCCUUUAUCAUCUGAAAGAGCAGGUGAUGGUUGUCUCAGAAAACACACAAAUAAACACACAACAUGCACAAAUUCAGAGUGCUGUACAAGCAAUGAAUGUCCUUGUCACUCCAGAUGCUGCCGUGGAACCAGUGGUGUGAGGACAGGAUCACUUUGGUUUGGUUUGGAUGUAUCAGGAAUAAAUCAGACCUAAGAUUUUUAUAGAUGCUGAUAGACAACUGAACUUGACCAAUUGUUCCAUUAUCAUGUGAAACUCUUACACUGUACUGUGUUUAUGUGUUACUAUAUUGUGUUCAUGUACAAUAUAUGCCUCACUGUGCGCGUGUGUGUGUAGGUGUGUGCGUGCGUGUGAAAGUGUGAGUCACCUUUUUAGGAUAAAAACACUUCUGGUUUAAGUCAGAUGAUUUCAGUUUGCAUUUAUAUGAAACAGACUGUGUUUGCAGUUAGUGAGUAGUGAGUGAACUUUAAUUUCCCCCCAAUGCGCAACCGAUACAUUUUUACACUUCCUGCGCUCAACUGUAAAACACGUUUGUCUGAAUAUGUGACAACACCCAGUGAUGUUUAAUUCAUAAUGAAGUGUACAUCUGUGAUUGAAAAAGGGUAAGAAACAAUGUUUAAGUAAUCAAAGAAACUGUUUUAUGUAACGUGUCACCACAUUUAAUUUUUAAACAUGUUCCAAGCUCUUUGUGACCUCGUCAGUGAAAUGAUAACACUGUUGUUGUUCUAAUCAUGUUUUAAAAUGUUCAGAUGUUAAUGUA